AUGACCACCAACCGCGCCAACAAAGCAGGACCAUUCAAACACUCUGGCCUCUUCAUCAAAGAGCUCCAGGCUGAUGGUGGUACCGGCCGCAUGAAGCAGCAACUACAGCACAUCGUACCGAACGCCACCGAACGCUUUCACGAUGCACUAGACGAGCUCGAGAACGAGGUACGCCUCGCACAGGCAGUAAUACGCAGGGACAUGGCAUUGCUGAAGCAAGACCGUAAGAAGAAGGAGGCGGCCGCGAAACAACAAGAGGUGGAGAAGGCGCGACUGGCCGCUGAGACGAGAGCUGCCCCUGCUGUUCAGGAAGUAGCACUCGUCAAGGUAGAAAAGACAGUCACGCCCGCACCGCCUGAACCUGUCGUCAUGCAAGAAGCGCCUGAGCCAGCAAAAGCAAAGGAGCCCGAGCCCGAACCCGAAGCUGCAGUCAAGCGAGAGGUCGAAGAUACAAAGGCACCACCGCCGCCCAUCGAGACAAGCAUCGAGCCGCCAAAAGAUCCGCUUUUCGAUGCCACACCCACAACUGGCAAUCAUCAGGAAUCCGAGUUUGACUUUGAUGCCAUGUUUGGUGAUCACAUGGAUGAAACCAGCGACAACAACGCGCACGAUAUGAUGGAUACCACCGACGACAUCCAUUUCAACCUCGACGACGGCAAUGAUGAACCUUCACUACUGCGCGGUCUCGAGGACUUUGCAAAGGACAGCGUCGAUGACAAUGCGAAUCAAACCUCGAACAUGGAUAUUGAUUUUACCAUGCCUGAUCUCCCAGGCCUCAAUCUGAGCACCGACAGCAAGACGAACAUGAACACAGAUAUGCACAGGAACGUGACUGCCAAACCCCCACCAGAGCCAGAGCCAGAGCCAGCGCCGAAACCCGAAGAACCAAAACCCGCAGCUCAGCCGCCACCUGAAGAGAAGAAGGAAGAAACAAGUACCAAUGACGACAUGAUGGGUACCAUGGCUACUGAUGACCUCGAAGACCUUUUCAACAUGGACGAAUACGAAAAUCCUGAGCAGUCAUCCUUUGACGAUGCAUUCUUCAACUUUGACCAAUAA